GUGAUAUGUAUAUAAUAUUUGAAGUACAUUUUAUAUAAAACAAUAAGAUACGGUCUUCAAUACGGCAAAUUACGUUUGGAUCUGACCUCAUCGUUUACUUGAGUGUUUUAAUUGUAUAAUCUAGCUUUGAUUAUUUUUUGGACACCGCGGUUGCUACUCAGAAUGGUACAGUCCUUUAAACCUGCACGGGAAGAGGAUACGGAAAAGACAGCCAUCACUUCAACAUCCCAGUCAGCCUCAGCUAAUUCUGCCAUCGGUCAUAGAAGUGGCUGUCCGAUGCCUAAUACGUCAGAAGGUCAAGGAGCAAACCUAUCUGGGCCAGCGGAACCGUCGGAGCUGCAAAGGCCCACUGAUGGGGAGGAGGAACGCGGUCUGAUCAGCUCCCUUGCCCGGGACGCUGCAAGAGUCAGGAGGGCUUCGAGUGCAGAACUCCACUUGCCGUGGACCUGCCCGGUCACACACUCCCGUGAGAAGUUCUACACCGUCUGCUCAGAUUAUGCUCUUCUCAACCAGGCUGCCUCAGUGUACUGUCCCCCAAAUGCAGCCAGGGAUGUUGUCCCGAACAAGCAGGAUGAGGGGCCGUCACCUGUGAAGCCCAAACACACCGCUGACUUCUGCGCUGGCCAGUCUGGAGGGGCCCAUGUGGGAUCAGAUGGGGACUGUGACAUGGUGGAAGGGUCCUCUGGCCACACUAAACCUAUCUUGGCCUGGGAGAUUGAUACCACAGACUUCAACGCUGUGCUCACUAGAAAAAUAAGAACAAGCAAUGUGAAGAAAUGCAGCACCAAGAAGAUGAAGUCAUCAGACCGACCCAGCCGGAAUCUGCAGGACGUCCCUCCUCACGCCUCGCUGGACGAGAUCAAAGACAGAAAAGUCCUCGACCUCAGAAGAUGGUACUGCAUCAGUCGGCCACAGUACAAGACUUCAUGUGGAAUCUCUUCCCUGGUUUCCUGCUGGAACUUCUUGUACAGCACUCUGGGUGCAGGGAGUCUACCACCCAUCUCUCAGGAGGAGGCUCUGCAUAUUCUGGGUUUUCAGCCGCCUUUUGAGGAAAUCAAGUUUGGCCCUUUCACUGGCAAUGCUACACUCAUGCGGUGGUUCAGACAAAUCAAUGACAAUUUCCGGGUGCGAGGUUGCUCCUACAUUCUGUACAAACCACAUGGAAAAAACAAGACAGCAGGAGAGACGGCUGAAGGAGCGUUGAUGAAACUGACGCAAGGGCUGAACGACGAGUCCAUGGCCUACAUCUACCACUGCCAGAACCACUACUUCUGCCCGGUGGGCUUUGAAGCUACGCCACUCAAAGCAGCAAAGGCUUACAGGGGCCCUCUCCCCGCAAACGAAAUGGAGCACUGGAUCCUUAUUGGCGAGCCCAGCAGGAAACACCCAGCUAUUCACUGUAAAAAAUGGCAGGACAUUGUGACGGACCUCAACACACAGAAUCCAGAAUACCUGGACAUUCGUCACACAGAGAGGGGGAUCCAGCGCCGCAAAACCAAAAAGGUGGGCGGCAACCUGCACUGCAUCAUGGCCUUCCAGAGGGUGAACUGGCAGAAGCUCGGCCCCUGGGCUCUGAACCUGGAGAACCUACGCCACGACUUCCACUACCACGGCACGGAGCGGGCGCACGGAAGCGUCGCUGAGGAAGCCGAGGAGAGAGCGGCAUCCAAGCGCCUGGCCUUCCUGGGACGCUCGCACAGUAUGGGCAGUCAGAAAGACAGCAGCUGGAAACGCCUGUCCAACGCUACAGAGUACAGACAGAGGAGCUCCCCUGACAGCGAUCUCGAAGAAGACAUCACGGACUGAAAAGGUUUAUUGGGACACAAACGGGGAGGGGGGGCGGUUAAAUAACAGACAAUACAAGUACAGAAGUUCCCCUUUAAAAAGAUAGUUCUGGUGUUACUCUUAUAUUACUUAUAUUUCCCAUGCAAAGACUAAAACCAACAAUGUGUUAGUAUGUCUCUUAAUACUCCCUGACUUCCGUACCCUGUCUCUGGCACUCAGCCCAGAGCCCAUUUAGUACUACUGAAGACGUAAAUUGUAAAUCCUUUAAAUGUAUAGUUUCAUUGUUAAACCUGCAAUAAUUGUUGAUGGGGUUUUUUUUUGCCAGCAGGGGGCAGCAGAAACACGUGAACACAACAUUGACCAUAUCACCUUUUGAGUUUUUGGCAAACAGUUAUUUACAUAUCCAGCAGAUACGGAGCAACAUUAGCAUUAGAGCUUGUUCAUUUGAUGAAUGUACAGUAAGUCCAAUAUUCAAUAGGCAAAUACCUGUCUCUUCAGGUGCUAAAUGCUCAACGAGUUGGCCAGCUCGCCACUGUGUCUGUUGUUGGUGCUGAGCAGGUAGUGUAUAGUGGGAUUUUUCGAGAUUUUACUCUUUUACUGAGAGCAGAUGCCUGAAAGCCACGCUGUGAAAGCAGUGAGAGUGAACCAAAACAGUAAAGUUGCGGCCGGACAGUUAAACAAUGAGCUGAAACUCACUAUAAAACUCCUUAAAGCUGAGGGGACUAGCUGAUUUGAGCGAUAAUUGUCUGUAUGUUCAUCACUAGGAGCAACCCCUUUCACAUUGUCAUUUAAUACAGUGUGAUUAUAAAACAUAUCGCUUAUCGGAGUAAAUGGUGCAUUUGUUUGGGACUAUUUUCUAAACUACAGUGCCCAUGUUGAUUGUAAUGAAGGAACCCAGUGCCACAGUGUGGCUCAUUGAUGUGUUUUGAUGGUGUUUUUGGAACAAUGGAGCUCUACGGCACAGAGGAGUAAGAUAUAUCAGGCUCUGAAUACACACACGCUUGUUAAUAGGAUCAAUUCAUUGUUGGCUUUGGUCUUUUUGUGGGAUUUGUUGAAAAUAAGA